GAAUGCUUUAAAAAAAACAAUUCUCAGGAUUGCAGUUCCUCAGUUUUGCCUCAGAGCGCCGCUGUUUGACCAAUAAGGAGAAGAAUACAAAACUGGAGAUCCACUGGUAUUUACAUCAUUCACACACACACUGCAGAUCUGUAAGAGGAGACACAGCCAUUUUCUGGAUUUUCUCCACUCAGUUUUCAGGGCUGCUGUUUUCUUGAAUUGAACAACUCAGUACCUCAGUUCUUAAUUAACUGGAAUAUAUGUUAUAUGAGGAUUUCAGAAGAUGAAAAUAACUGAAAUGAAAAAACAGAUACAGAAUAACAAAGGAAUCGGAUGGCAAGUAACAUUUAUAUUAUUUUUCUGGCUUUGUCAUUCAGUCUCUGGUCAGAUUCAUUAUUCCAUUGCUGAAGAAAUGAGAAAAGACUCUGUUAUAGCAAAUAUUGCAGAUGAUCUUGGAUUAGAGAGUAAACAGCUCUCAUCUAGAAAAUUGAGAAUUGUAUCACGUGCUUCAGAGAAAUAUUUUUAUGUCAAUUUAGACAAUGGAAACCUCUAUGUAAAGGACAGGAUAGACAGAGAGAUAUUGUGUGGAGCAGCAGCUACCUGCUCCCUAACAUUUGAUGCUGUGGUUGAAAAUCCCUUACAUGUUUAUAGAGUUAAGAUAGACAUUCAGGACAUAAAUGAUAAUCCUCCAGUAUUUUAUUCUGACACAUUUACAUUUGAAGCAAUGGAAUCAACAUCACUAGGUUCAAGAUUUUCUUUACAAAAUGCUAAAGAUCCAGAUUUGGAUAUGAAUUCAGUACAGACAUAUAAGCUUAGUGACAACAAGCAUUUUAUACUAAGUGAGACAAUCCAUUCAGAUGGGAGUAAAUUUCUUGAACUUGUGCUAGAAAAACCAUUAGAUCGAGAAUCUCAAAAUGUACAUGAAUUUUCAUUAACAGCUACUGAUGGAGGAAAACCUAUGAAAACUGGCACUGCAUUGAUAAGGGUUGUUGUCACAGAUGCUAAUGAUAAUUUUCCAGUAUUUACACAGACAGUAUAUAAAACGAGCACAAGUGAAAAUGUGUCAAUUAAUACUACAAUAAUUACUGUGAAUGCUACUGACAAAGAUGAAGGUAUAUAUGCACAAAUAAACUAUUCUUUCAGUGAAACAUCUGGAAGUGUACACCACACAGGGACUUUCAGCAUUAAUCCAAACACAGGUGAAAUAAAAAUAAAUAGGAAAUUAAAUUUUGAAUUAACAAGAAAUUAUGAAUUAUCAAUACAAGCAAAAGAUGGAGGUGGCCAUGUCACUCAUUGUAAGGUACUGAUAGAAGUCAUGGAUGAAAAUGAUAAUGCUCCAGAGAUAUCAAUCACAUCAUUAUUUUCCCCCAUUCUGGAGGAUUCCAUACCUGGAACAGUAAUAGCUCUAAUAGAAGUUGAUGAUCAAGAUUCUGAAGAAAAUGGAUACAUUGAUUGCAAAUUGAUGGAGCAAGAUUCAUUCAAUUUAGUAUUAUCAACUGACAGUUACUAUAGAAUUGUUACAACAGGUGAACUAGACAGGGAGAAAGUGUCAAGUUAUAACAUCACAAUUGUAGCUACUGACAGAGGAUCGCCUCCACUUUCCAGCAGAAGAACCAUCAGACUGGAUGUAUCUGAUGUUAAUGACAAUCCGCCAGUUUUUAUGAAACCUUUUUAUGCUGUUUACAUACUAGAGAACAAUUUACCGGGUGUCUCUGUAUACAACAUCCAAGCUUCUGAUCCUGAUGCUGGAGACAACGCAAAAAUUAUUUAUUCAAUGUCCAAAAUAAAUAUAGAAGACCUUCCAUUGUCCUCUUAUCUUUCCAUUAAUAUGGAGACUGGAGCUCUUUAUGCUCAGAAAUCUUUUGACUUUGAGCACCAAAAGGAAUUUUUUGUACAAAUAAUUGCUACAGACAAUGGAUCCCCAUCACUGAGUAGCAAUACAACUUUGCAUAUUCGUAUAGUGGAUCAGAAUGAUAAUGCUCCAAAAAUCCUAUUCCCAUCGCCAGGAAGUGGUGGGCAGGAUGCAUUUGAGAUAGUUCCUUUUACAGCUGAACCUGGUUCAUUAAUAACAAAGGUGGUUGCAGUGGACGAAGACUCGGGACAUAACGCUUGGCUUUCUUAUCAUUUUAUACAAAUGUCAGAACCAUCAGUUUUUGUCAUUAAUGAACAUACAGGAGAAAUCAGGACAUUGCGCAUCUUUCAGGAGAAAGAUAUACUGAAUCAGAAUGUUGUGGUGAUGGUGAGAGAUAAUGGCAUUCCAUCUCUCUCAGCCACGGUCACCUUAAACCUCAUUGUUGCAGAUAAUUUCCAGCAGAUUGUUCCUAAACUCAGUAAUCAAUUAACCAACGAAGAUACUCAGUCACACUUGCAAUUGUACUUGGUUAUUGCUUUAGCACUGAUCUCUUUUUUGUUUAUUAUAACUGUUAUAUUGGUCAUCAUAUCAAAAUGCAAGGAGUCAAAGCCAUUACCGAACUUUGGAACUUUAACUACAAGCCUAUAUCCUCCAGUUGAUCCCAGGAUACUUUCUAUGUAUAGUGAUGGAACUUUGCCCUUGCCAUAUUCAUACAAUGUAUGUGUGGCUUUAGACCCAUCUGAAAGUGAUAUGGGCCUUUCAAAAUCAAUUCCAAAUGUUCCUGUGGAUAAUCUUAUUGACACAGACGAUUUAGGUCCUGGAAAUGAACGUUUUAAAGAAGUGCAAUCAAGUGGAGUCCCUCAGGGGUUAGUUAUAGCAAAUAUAGCAGAUGAUCUUGGAUUAGACGUUAGUCUGCUCUCCUCUAGAAAACUAAGAAUCGCAUCACGUACUUCAGAUAAAUAUGUUUAUGUGAAUCCAGAUAAUGGAAAUCUGUAUGUGAAGGACAGGAUAGAUCGUGAGAUGUUAUGUGGGACAGCAGCUACCUGCUUCCUAACUUUUGAUGCUCUGCUUGAAAAUCCCCUAAAUAUAUUUAGAGUCCAGAUAGAUAUUCAGGACAUAAAUGAUAAUUCUCCAGUGUUUUAUCUCAACACAUUCACAUUUGAAGCAAUGGAAUCGAUAUCAGCAGGGACAAGAUUUGCUUUACAAAAUGCAGAAGAUCCGGAUUUUGGUAUUAAUUCAGUACAAACUUAUAAGCUCAGUGACAAUGAGCAUUUUGCACUGAGUGAAAACAUGAAUUCAGAUGGAAGUAAAUUUAUUGAACUUGUGCUAGAAAAACCACUAGAUCGAGAAUCUCAAAAUGUACAUGAAAAAAUGUACUGAACAGCUACUGAUGGAGGAAAGCCUAUGAGAACUGGCACUGUAAGGAUAAGGAUAACUGUCAUAGAUGCUAAUGAUAAUUUUCCAGAAUUUUCACAGGCAGUAUAUAAAAUCAGUGUGUAUGAAAAUGUUCCAAUUAAUACUACAAUAAUUACUGUGAAUGCUACGGAUAAAGAUGAAGGUAGAUUUUCAAACAUAAACUAUUCUUUCAGCAAAACAUCAGGAAGUGUACACCAUACAGGAACGUUCUGCAUUAAUGCAAACACUGGUGAAAUCAAGAUAAAUAAAAAGUUAGAUUUUGAAAUAACAAAACAUUAUGAGCUAUCAAUACAAGCAAAAGAUGGAGGUGGCCAUAUCACACAUUGUAAGGUACUAAUAGAAGUCAUAGAUGAAAAUGAUAAUGCUCCUGAGAUAUCAAUGACAUCAUUAUUUUCUCCUAUCGCAGAAGAUUCCAUACCUGGAACAGUAAUAGCUCUAAUUGAAGUUGAUGAUCAAGAUUCUGGAGAAAAUGGAAAUGUUGAUUGCAAGCUAAUGGAACAGUCUGCAUUUAGUUUAGUAAUGUCUUCUGACAGUUAUUAUAGAAUUGUUACAACAGGUGAUAUAGACAGAGAGAAAGUGCCCAGUUAUAAUAUUACAAUUGUAGCUACUGACAGAGGAUUUCCUCCACUUUCUAGCAGAAGAACCAUAAGGCUGGACAUAUCAGAUGUUAAUGAUAAUUCACCAGUAUUUAUGCAACCUUCAUAUGUUGUUUACAUACCAGAGAACAAUUUACCGGGUGUCUCAAUAUACAGUAUACAAGCUUCCGAUCUUGAUGCUGGUGAAAAUGCAAAAAUCGAUUAUUCAGUAUGCAGGUAUACAACACCCAAAAUAAAGGUAGAAGACCUCCCGGUGUCUUAUAUUCUUUCCAUCAAUAUGAAGACUGGAGCUCUUUAUGCUCAAAAAUCUUUUGAUUUUGAGCAGCACAAGGAAUUUUUAAUACAAGUAACUGCUACAGACAAUGGAUCCCCAUCUUUGAGUACCAACACAACAUUACUUGUCUGUAUAGUGGAUCAGAAUGAUAAUGCUCCAAUAAUCUUAUUCCCAUCACCAGGAGACAGUAGCCAAGGUGCGUUUGAGAUUGUUCCUUUCACAGCUGAGCCUGGUUCUUUAAUAACAAAGGUGGUUGCAGUGGAUGAAGACGCUGGACAUAAUGGUUGGCUUUUUUAUCAUUUCAUAAAAAUGCCAGAACCAUCAUCUUUUGUCAUUAAUGAACAUACAGGAGAAAUCAGGACCUCACAAAUCCUUCAAGAGAAAGAUCUAUUGAAUCAAAAAGUUGUGGUGAUGGUAAGAGAUACUGGCAUUCCACCUCUCUCAGCUACAGUUACCUUGAGCCUCAUUAUUGCAGAUAACUUCCAGCAGAUUGUUCCUAAACUAAGUAAUCAACUUACAAAUGAAAGUCUUCAGUCACACUUGCAAUUGUACUUGGUGAUUGCUUUAGCAUUGAUCUCUUUGUUGUUCAUUAUAACGGUUAUCUUGGUCAUCAUAUUAAAAUGCAAGGAAUCAAAACCAUUACCAAGCGUUGGAACUUUAGGUUCAAGCCUAUAUCCUCCUGUUGAUCCCAUGAUACUUUCUAUGUAUAGUGAUGGGACUUUAUCCUUACCCUACUCAUACAAUGUAUGUGUGGCAUUGGACCCAUCUGAAAGUGAAUUUAGUUUUUUAAAGUCAAAUCAAAAUGUUGCUGUGGAUAACCUGAUUGACACAGAUGAUUCAGGCCUUGGAAAUGAGAGCUUGAAAGAAGCACUUCCAUCCACUGGAGUCAGUCAGGUAAGUUGUAUUGGUGUACAGAUUGACUUUGCAAAGCUGCAUUUUGUUAUUAUGUUAGGUAUAUGCUAAUUACGCUAGGAGCAAAGUCAUU